CCGAUCACCCUAGAAAAUCUUGAACUUACAAUUCGAUAGUCUUUUAAUAAUAAUAAUUUAAAUACGUGGAAAUAAUAAUUAUAGUUCAUAGAGAUACAUUUUUAAAUGACAUAAAUAUUAACUAAAACAGCUAUGAUGUCAACACGUUAUAGGUCAUGCCUCGUCAACGGUGGUUUUUAAGAAGAAAUUUAAUAAUGCCUGUUGCUGAGGGAGGCGAUCAAUACUCUGUCUGGGUGGGAUUAAUUUACAUAUUUAACUUAGUAGUUGGCACUGGGGCUCUGACUCUUCCAGCUGCAUUUGCCAGAGCAGGAUGGGGGCUAAGCACAAUAUCUCUUGUAUUCCUGGCAUUUAUGAGUUUUAUGAAUGCAACCUAUGUCAUAGAAACUAUGGCUUGUGCCAAUGCUGUCUUUAAAUGGAAAAGAUUGCAAUUUUUAAAGAGGAAUAGCAUGCAAGAUGAAGAAAACUCAGAUGAAGAACAAACUACCUCAAAUGCUCCUAUAUAUGGAGAACUUGAAGAUCCCUUAGUUUGUGGAGAAGCUGUACCUUCACGUUAUUACAGUCUUGAUAAGAGAAUUGAGCUAGGAGAAAUGGCUAAUCUCUUCUUAAGUAAAACUGGACGGACAAUGUUCUAUUGCACACUAUGUGUUUAUCUGUAUGGGGAUUUGUCAAUAUAUUCUGCUGCUGUUUCUAAGUCUUUGAUGGAUGUUGUGUGUUCAACAGUUCCAUUAAACAUGACAAAUAUAACAGAUUGGGAUGAUAUGCCCUGCUUUCAUGCCUCUGAAGGGACCUUCACUCGUAUUGAUUGUUACCGAAUGGCACUAUUGACCUUCUUCGCAGCAAUGGGUCCUUUUGUAUUCUUCAAUGUACAGAAAACAAAAUACCUACAGCUGUUUACUUCGGGCAUGCGGUGGCUUGCAUUCGUCAUAAUGAUAUCAAUGGCGAUACAUCUUCUAAUCAAACACGGACCUCAAGGGAAGCCGCCAGCCUUCGAUAUCACGGGCAUGCCCACUUUGUUCGGGGCCUGCGUAUAUUCAUUCAUGUGCCACCAUUCCCUCCCCGGCCUAAUCAGCCCUAUCCGAGGCAAAAGUCACCUCGGGCUCCACCUCUCGCUUGAUUACAUGCUCAUAAGCAUCUUCUAUCUCCUUCUGGCGUUCACGGGCGCGUUCGCGUUCGCAAACCUCAACGAUCUGUACACAUUAAACUUCGUGCCCACAGAUAAUGAGAAUGUUUUUCUAGAAAUUGUCGAAUACUUUCUCGCUCUAUUUCCUGUGUUCACUCUCUCUACAAGUUUUCCGAUUAUUGCUAUUACAUUGAGGAACAAUUUGCAAAGUUUGUUUUUGGAUACGAGUCGUUUGGAGUCGUAUAAUUUUGUUGUACGGAAGCUGAUAUUUCCAAUUGUAGCUGUCGUUCCUCCCCUUUUACUGACAUAUUUCUUGGAGGAUAUAGGCGUUCUUAUUAAGUUUACAGGGUCCUAUGCCGGUACGGGGAUACAGUAUUUGAUACCUACGUUUCUUGUGCUCUCUGCUAGACGACAUUGCGCUAAUUUGUUAGGUUUAGGUGUGGUUAAUAAAUAUAAAAGUCCAUUUUCAAAUGUAUCGUGGGCUGUGUUCGUCCUACUUUGGUCAUUUAUAUGUAUAAUACUCGUUUCUGUCAAUAUGAUCGAAAAAUAUUUAGAUCGUUAAAUAACAUACAACAACCAUAUUUUAAAAUUUAAAUAGGUUAAACAGUCGUACUCACAUUAAACCAUUUAAUGAUCUCUCAUAGUAAAUAAAUAAUAAUACAUAUAAUGCCGGUAGGGAUUGAUUUCAGGGUAGUAAAAAAUCAGCUUUCGAUUCUUGAACGGAUUAUUUUUUUUACUAAAUGUCUUAAGAAACCUAAUUUAAAUUAACGACUCUGGGUACGACUGAAAACAUUAUGUAACUGAUUUUUGCUAAAUAUGUUAAAAAUCGUGUUAGAAACGGCGAAGAUGAUACGUUACCAAUAAUUGCCGAUUAGUCCUAAUUCCUGGUAACCAAUGUGAUUUAUUUAAUGUUUAUAAAAAAAAACAAAUAAUUUCGUACAAAAAUGUGUUCAUUGUUGAUUUAUGCAUGUCUAAUGCACAAGAAGUUUGGAUAUUUUUGUCUUUAUUGCUUGUUAACUAACUUAUGCAUCAUUACAUCGCAGUACCCCCCCGUACGUUAGUAGAGGGUACCUAUUAGGUUUUUAUAAUAUAAAUCUCCCCUUAAAGUCAAAACUGCAAUAGUUUAAAAAGUAAAUAAGAAUUACGUAUUUAUGACAUUUAUUGUGUAAACUAAAUUGACCGAUGUGCUUGUAAAUUUUUAUGCCAGUAAUUUAAAUCAUAAUAAAAUUGUUAAAUGCUAAUUUUAUAAUCGCUGUCUAAAUAUUUGAGAUUAAUUGUGUAUGGAUUCCUAGUUCUAAUAAUGUUAUGGCUUUUAUAUGUUUUACUAGAACAAAUAAGGAAUUGUGUUAAAAAUGUUAUUGGUACAAUAAUAAUUUUCUGUGAUAGCGUAAAAUUUUGUAUAUGUAUCUAAUUGCUAAAGUGACUGAU